GGGUCUGAAAUAAUCCUCAUUUAAGAAAAGGGGUUGCUCUGACCAAAAGAACCGGUUGGUACUCUUUCAUGAAAAACAGGGGCUGGGUGCUGGAAACAAGAUGGCGCGAUGGUUGUCUCCCCCGACUUAUACCAGCGGUCCAGAGAUGCCAGUAGACGUAAAGGAUGGGGUGUCGGUCGUCCUCCCGGAAGAUGGGGCGUGGACGGACCUUGAACCAGCAUAUCAAACUGUGAUGCUGGAUGGGAAAGACGCGUUCCUAUGGAUAGAGACGGUAUGGGCUAAUGUUAGCUUGGCAAGGUUGUCACCAAGUUUAAUGGAUUUGGAGUUCCGGGGAACAGUGGAAGCUCGGGGGUGGGUCUACUUGUCGAAAGAUGGGGAAAAUGCUAUGGUCAUAGAAUUGGCAUUCGGGAAUACGGCGGACGAAUUGUUUAAGAAGGCGGAAGCAGAGGUUGUGUGGGCUGCGUGUCAGCGAAGGGAGAUGGAAAUGGAGAGGGUAGAUGUGCGGGUGGAACUUGGGGAUAGAGGAAGCAUGAGGCGACCCGUAAGAACCAUGCGAUGUGUGCUGCCUCCCUUCCUAGUGGAUGCGGUUUUCGGAGCUCGGAGCAGGCUAGUACGGAUAUGCCAGUCCAUGACGAACCUCGGGCUAUACCAAUGUGCUAGGCAGAAUUUCUUUCGGUUGUCAGUAGAAAAGGGGCCGUUUGAGGGGAACUGGGCGGACGAACUGGCCGAGAUACUAAGCUGUCUUAGCUUAGACAAUAUCUAUGUCUCUAGCCCUGUACAUUGGGGGAUAGUGUAUAGAAAUGUGGCAAUAGGGGAGACAUUUGUGGAGGGGGUGAAAGAGUUGUUCUACGACGGAGAGGACGAUUUCGAGGCCCGAACCCGAAAGGAAGGCAAGCUGUUCGCCAACGAGGGAUGGAACGAAGUUAGUAGCAGAUUUAUGAUGGGAGGAUGGAAGGAACUCACACCUCCAAGUGUACGGAUAACGGCUUGGGUACCGGAAUUCAUAGCCGAGUGGUUUGGGGGGAUUGAGCACAUUUUAGAAGUAGCCGACUCCAUGAGAAGGGAAAUCACCAAGGUAACCAUGGCAGCAAGACGUGAGCAUAUGGAACUUCAGGCCCGUGUGCGAAUGGCGCGCCAACCCCGGUACCCCGGACCGCCGUGGAGUAACGAACUAGGCAAAAUGGCAACGGAGGAGGAGACAGAUAAUCAUAAGAGUGAAGGAGAACCGGGCUUAGGAGGUAGUGCCGCACAAAGCGAAGGGGGGCAGAAGGACAGAGAAUCGAUAAAUCCAGAUGGUACCAAAGGGAACCGGAAGGAGAUCUCCACAGGGGAAAGCUCGGGGAAAGCUCGGGGAAAGCUGGGGGAAGCAGGCAAGGGACUCAGGGGACCAAGGAAGGCAGGAAUAAGGAUAGGACAAGCCCCGGGAACUCGGAAGGAGCCGUGUUUAAGAAACCUUAAGAAGAUAGUGUCGUCCCUCGCGCGAGCACUAAACAAAAAUCAAGGCUACCUAGCGGAUGCUAAGAAAAAGUUGACGUUUGAUGGGGCGAACAUCACGCAAUUCCUGAUAGAUUACCAGAACCUGGUUGCGCUGUUGAAAUGGACCGAAGAGGAGAAGAUGGACCACCUGGGACAGCAUGUGUCUUUGAGCCUAGGACGGGACAUAAUGGCCAUCGUAGCCGCAAGCCGGUCUUGGAAAGAAACCCGGGAUGUGAAGAUGAGAAAGUAUCUGGCAGCAGAAAAGAUGGCAACGGAGGCCGAUUUAGCGGCAGUCCAGAGAAAGAACUUCGCAACGUACAAUGACUUCCUACGGGAGUUUACCUUGGUAGCGCUAAGAAUCCCCGGUGUUAUGGAUCGAAUAAUGAGUAACUAUUUCCUCAGACAGUUCUCCGAGUUCGACAAGGACAAGAUCCUGUCGGCUUACCAACAGACGAACAAAAUUGUAAACACCAGGGAUGUUGAUUUCAGUACGGUAACGGAUCUGGCCGAAAAGACGGUAGUGAUCGAGACAUUGGCCUUGCUUAAGGAAGGGGAGAUUAUAGACUUGACCAGUAGGACGGGCGACAAGGUGAAAAAGGGGAUUGAAAGCCUACACGAACGGGUGCACGGAGUCGACAACAAGAUUGAAAGGAUGGAGAGCGCGCUACUAGUUAUGCAGGCGCAAGUAUCCCGUCCCCCCCUCCCGCCCCAGGAAGCAGUAGUUCUGCCAGGGGUGGCCAAUCGUGGAUUCGGACGGAGAGAUCCCGCUAACGAGCAAUGCAAGUACUGUACCGCGAUAGGACAUUAUGUGCACGCGUGCCCAAAGCUCAACCAUGAUAUUCUAAAAAGAAGGUGUACUAGGUCCUUAAAGGGGGAGAUAUUUGGACCACAAGGGGAAUGGGUGAACUGGAACUCACCAGGAGGGAUGCGGCGAGCCAUUAUCAUGCUCAACGGGCUAGAAAUAACAGCCGUAAAAGCCGAACCGGUGGGAGAGAUCAUCUGGGAUCAACGCCAGGGGCGCGGGUCGCAGGUCAAUUUUAUUUUGGAAAACGACGGACGUGAUAGGGUGAACGCGACUACUAGGCUAGGGAUGGCUGGGAGAAGGAUUAACUGCGACACCGUGAUGGAGGAGGUCACUGGAAGUUCGGAACCCCAGGUAGAGCCUGAGGCCGAGGAACCGGAAAAGGUCUCUGGGAAACCGAGGGAAGAGGAGCCUGCCGACAAAGUUACCGCUGCCAAGACGAAGUUUAGGUACCAAAUCCCGAUCUUAUCCUUGCCAGAAAUCGACGACACCAUUAGCAAGUUACUAAGAACCAUGGUGUCGGUGUCUUUUCAGACUAUGCUUCAGGCUAGCCCUAGGUUGCUCAAAGGGCUUAGACAACUGUUGACCCGGCGGCGAGUAGAAAUAGGCGACAACCCCGAAUUACCAGAAGGGGAGAGGGAGGAGGAAGUUCCGCAAGAAGUGGCUAACCUGCAGAGGAGUCGCGGGGACUUGGAGGAUUUCGAGAAGUCCUUUGCAGACAUUUGUUUGAGCUUGCCCGACCGAGAGGGCGGCGAAGUCAUGAGAUCGCCACCCGGGACGAAGCUUAGCUUUCAUGCGCUACCCGUAGGGAAAUUGAAAAUUCAGAUCGGGAGCCAUCACACCGACGCAUUAGUAGACGGAGGAGCAGAAAUCACUCUCAUAAGGAGAGAUUUCGCAACGAUCACGGGAUGUACGGUAAACAAGGAAGUAACAGGGAGCAUCCGGGGAGCUGGCGGGGAAAUCCCGUUCUUGGAGAUAAUAGGCAUGCACUUGCGCGGUGGCUCGUACAUGGUAGACAUAGAGGACCCUGUGACCGGUCGGGGAGAGCUCCUCCGACUCCUUGGAACGGGAGGAGACCCCCCGAGAGGGAAAUUGGCAACAUGGUCGCCGUCAUUCGAGGAUAGCAUGCGAAAAGGGGCUUUCGCACGGAUGGAGGGUAUGAGAGAAAGGGUAAAAAUCAUGAUUGAGGAAGCGUUCAACAAGAAGGAGUGGAUCAAGAUGAGCCUGCCCCAGAAGAAGAGGAGGCAGGAGGACGAAGUCCUAGGUGUUAUGGUAGUAGAAAAGGAGUCAGAGGUCGAACUUGGUGCUAGCCUGCCCAAACGGAAAGAAGUGCGCCUAGACAUGCCGAAAAUCGCACUCGAGAUCCCCGAUCUAUUGCAACUCAUGAAGGCCCUCAGAUACCACAAGGUAGGGGUGGAUUCGGCAGCCUUGGCCAAGUUCGAAAGAGAGGUGCAAAAGGGAUAUUGCCUGAAUGGGAAAUUAGUUAGUAUUCAACCACGAGUCAUAGAGGCGACGGGGGCAAUUCCGGCUGUUCAUUUUUUAGGAGAAAGAUCCCGGAAGGAAGUGUUCGAAAGUACAAGCCGGACAACAGGAUAUAUCCCGGCAGAGCUUUGGUACGGAAGAGAGAUCGACUUUCCUGUGGAAGCCUUGGUACCUACUUGGAAUAGGUUAGAUGAUGAUCCGCAAAUGACCACUGAAGAGUUAAUCGAGGCAAGAUGUCAACAAAUCCUUAAGAAUGAGGAGGUCGUGGAAGACAUCGCCAGUCGGGUGCUGGACAGCAGAAUGAGGGACAAAGCAAGAUGGGACCAGGUUAAGAAUGUCAGAAAGGAGCCACUUCAGGUGGGGGAGAUGAUAUUGCUAAGGAACUCGGCACUAGAAAGUACUUGGUUGGGACAGUUGGGAAGGAGGUUCAAAGGCCCCUACCGGGUCGCCAAGCGGGUGGGACUGAACACCUUCGAACUGGAAGAUUUGGAUGGAACUGGAUUGAAAGGGCCCUUCCCGGGGCAACGACUGGUCAGGUUUCUAAGUCGGGACCCAGUGGAACAAUGGCUUCAGGAGGCCGAAGAUAAGGAAACAGAGGAGCCACAAGCUAAAGACUGACCACAGCCUUGCCCACACUAUGGUUUGUCUCUGACCAUGUUCGUGGGACUGUCAAAUUUUUGGGACUGGCGCUUUGGCUUGGACUGACUGAGGUUGAAAGGCAGCAUGACUUGCGGGUUUGCAAUAUUUGGCUUGUGUGACAACGGGAAGGGAUGUUUAGGGCAUUGUACCAUAGUUUUUUACGGGAAAAAAAUGGGGUCAUCACAAACGACGCAUUCGCAUGUAUAAAAGGGGCGUGAUGCGAGGGAUACUGGGUGCAUUUUGGGAAUGUCUACCGGCCUAAGGGGGGGAGGCGUAAGUGUAUGAGGAACAUUGCGGGUGUUGUUUUGUUAUACAGGGCUUAGGAGUAAAACGAGAAAAGAUAAAAAUGGAAUUCGGCAACGAAAACGACAGUGGGGCAAUCAACAGGCCUACCGGAG